AUGGCGGCGGAGGACGAACCACCUCCAGUGGAGAUGAACAACCUCAUACGCUAUUGCGAACGUGAAGGGCUGGAGCUAGUCAUCUCUGCAGACUGCAACGGUCAUCACAACCUAUGGGGAAUGGAAACCAACAACAAAAGAGGCACAGGUCUGGCUGCUCAACAUGUGUCCAACUGGCACGUGUCGGACGAGGCAUCAUGCUCCGAUCACAGAUGGAUACGGUAUGACCUGACAGCCGACAAGCACACAAUCAUACCCAAAAGAAACCCGAGGCGCACGGACAUAACGGCGUACAAGAAACUCCUAGAAGGUAAAUUAGACGAUAAUAAACUUAUACUAAGACCAAACAACACAAAGGAACUGGAAGACCAGGUAAAUCUACUAACAAAACAUAUAACUGACUCAUACGAAAACACAUGUCCACUAUCGACACCAUCAGCUACAGGGAAAAACAAAAACGCAAACAGCUGGUGGGGACCGGAGUUGGAACAAAUGAGAACAAAGAUGAGAAGACUAUUCAAUAGAGCAAUGAACACAAAAGCUGAAGAGGACUGGGAUAGAUACCAAACAGCUAAAUCAGACUAUAAGAAAAGACUAAGAUACAAAAAAUCGGCCUCAUGGCGAAACUUUUGCGACAAUAUAGCUAACAUAAGCCAGGCAAACAGAACGAGGAAAGUACUCGCAGACCAACCGAGACAACUACUGGGCACCCUGAGGAGACAGGACAACACCGACACCGGUAGUCCAGCUGAAACGGAAAGACUGCUAGUGGAGACACACUUCCCAGGAUGCAAAGUAGUAAACGAAACAGACUCAGAACAAACAAAUAACUACAAUCCAACGGAAAGCGAAUGGAAAACCGCUGAACAAAUAACAGAACCCAACAAAACUCACUGGGCGGUAAACAGCUUUGAAAACUUCAAAGCACCAGGAACUGACGGUAUAUACCCAGCUCUACUGAAGUGGGGAGGACAUGAAGUAAUAAAACAUCUAUCAAACAUACUAUGUAGCUGUAUAGCACUUAGAUACAUACCGCAGACGAUGGAGAGAAGUAAAAGUAAUGUUUCUCCCCAAACCAGGCAAAACGGACUAUACAGAUCCUAA